CUUGUUUGGAUUUUAGAUAUAAUUUGAGAAAAGUUUUUUUACUUUAAUUAUUCACAUAAAAGUCAUGUUUCAAUGAAAUUUCAAGAUGAAUAUCAUUGAAGCGAUGCCAAAUGUAUUGGUUUUUGAUUUUACAUCUAUUUGUAGAAUCUGUUUUAGCCGAAAUGAUCUGAAAUCCUUUGAACGAGAAGAAUGUUUAUUUAAUUUGUUUCUUCACAUAACUAAAAAUGAUAUAACUCUGGAAAAAAAAUUGCCAGGAAAUGUAUGUAACUCAUGUAUCAAUACUCUUAUAGAUAUUUUGACAUUCAUUGAACAGUCAAAAAGCACUGAAGGAGUUAUGGUAAAAUCUGGUGCAGAGCAGACAUUUGAAUUUGAUGUUGAAAUUGGCAAUGAAGCCAAGAAACCAAAAACACAAUUUUCCUCAACUCCUGAGUCACUGUCCUUGUAUUCAACUCGAGUUUGCAGAAUCUGUGCUAAUCUACAGAAUUUAGUACCAUUUGAAGAUGAAUCCAGUUUAGUCCUUUUUCAAUCCCUCACAGAUGUAAAUAUUUUUUGUGACACACGAUGCCUUAUUUGUUCAAAAUGCAUUGAGAAACUUGAAAAAAUCUCUGAAUUCAUCAGUUUGUUGAAAAAGAAUGAUACCAUUCUUCGUCAAGCUUUAAUAAACAAUGAAGACUUCAAAAUUCACCUAGAAGAUGAAAAUACCAUUAUAAUAGUUGAGAAAUCUGGUGCUGAGAGCAACGAAACUAUAAAAACUGAACCCUUGGAUAUCGUAGAAAAUAAUUUUGAUCCUUCCACAUUUAUGGAGACAGAUGAAAUUAAACCAACUAUAAAAGUGGAAAAAACGGAGGAUGAUAUAUUACAGUCUGAAGAAGUUUCCUGUAAACCCGUUGAUAUAGAGUCCAUUAAAAAAGAAAUUAAAUGUGAAGAUUUCGACAUCGAGGAAGAAGAUUCUGAUAAGUUGUCUUUCUCUCACAAGCGUCGGAACGAAAUUAGAUGUGAGGUCUGCAGAAAAAAAUUUAAAACGCUGCACUCUAAAAACAACCACCUCAGCUCUCAUUUCGGCAAAAAUCCUGUUCUCUGUCCCAAAUGCGGAAAAUUCUACAUUGGAAAAAAAGAAUACCUCCAACAUUAUAGAGCGCACAUGCUGAAGGAACCUAGAGUGAGGGCCAAGAUGAGCAAUGAAGAGAAUUUCAGAUGGAAACUUGAACAACCUCAUCAUCAGAAUUUAGGUGAAAAUUUCCGUCGGGGUUCAUUCCAAAUCCUUCCCAGACUUGCAGAGCGACCUUUUCUUUGCGAUACAUGUGGGGAAACUUUCACUCAGAAGCAUAUUCUAAAUAGACACAGAAAAUCAAAAUGCAAAGGAAAACCGUUUUCAUGUGACUUGUGUCCCAGAAAGUUUGACCUACUUGAAGAUUUGAAGGCCCACAAGAGUUUGCACAUUCAAAAGAAGCUGCUAGCAUGUGAAAUAUGCUCUAAAACUUUUCCUCUGCGGGGUGAUCUGAAGCAGCACAUGAAGUGCCACACGAGAAAAAGACCCGAAUGUGAAGUAUGCGGAAAGUCUUUCAGUCACCACAAUAACUUAGCGUGGCACAUGAAAUCGCAUACCAAAGAAGAGAAACAAUGCGAUAUAUGCAUGAAGCUUUUCGCUAGUAAUACCAGUUUGGAGAGACAUAAGACAAUCCACUCGGAAGAAAAGUCUUUCAUAUGCGAGAUAUGUUCCAAAGCCUUUUCACGACCAUGUAAUCUCAAGACACAUUUGAAAACACACGAAGCUGUGAAAACAUGUCGCAUUUGUUCGGAAACCUUCAAGACGGCGGAGAGUCUUAGAAUACACACGAGAGAACACAAAGGACUGGAAUCUCUGACUUGCAACGUUUGCUUGCGGGUAUUUUCCAUCAAGAGGCAUCUCAUCGAGCACGAGAGGAAGCAUACAGGUGAAAAACCUUUCAAGUGCAACUGGUGCCCGAAAGCUUUUGCACGAAAGACUUAUUUGACGUGGCAUCUCAAGAAACACGAAAGCAACCAUCCUCAGUGUAAAGUCUGUUUCAAGUACAUCAGCGAGCAGAGGAUGACCGUGCACAUGCUGUCUCAUACUGGUGAGAAACCUCAGUGCGAGUUGUGCUCGAAGACUUUCGUGCGCAACUCUGAGUUGAGGGUUCACAUGAAAAAACAUAGACAGGAGAAGGCACACAAAUGCGAGAUUUGUGGCAAAGCUUUUAUUCGUAACUGCGAUUUGGUGAGGCACUCGAAAGUACACAGCCGUUGAAUGAUUGAAGGAGUUCAUGAGAGUACACAAGAAAGUAUGUGGUAUGGAACUACUGGAGAAGUUGGGGAUGAUCGGGGCCACUAUCACUGAUCCUUUCUGAGGGUAGUUAAGGUCUUUGAGAGUAAAAAAAGGAAUACUGCAUUUUGUAGUUAUUUCUAUUCUUCCUAUUUUCAAAGUCAGAAAGAAAACUAAUUUGUUGGUGCUCAGUUAUACCCUGAAAAUGUAGAAAGUGCUAUUACAUUUAGGCUUGAAUUUUUGGUAGCAGUAUAAUUUUUUUACUUUUAAUUUUAUCAAAAAGUAAGCCAUUUUCAUGAAAGCAGUCCAGCUGAUUGAAUGUCCUAUUGAAAUGCACCUUUCAAAGUAAAAUCUAUUAAUUUUUUCACCAAAUUAAACGCAAAAACUUCAAAAAAAAGCAGCUUCAAAAGUUUACUUAGGUAUAUGUAUCAAAUCAAAAUA